AUGCCGAUAGGGCAGCCCUGUGAAACUGAGUUCCAUACUCCACAGCAUCAGGACCUGAAUGGAAGGGAGAUCAACCAGAAUUCUCUGAUCUUACCCAACAUCUCCCUGGGCUACGACCUCCAUGAUAGUCAUUUCAAUGCAAAAAUGAAUGCUGAAGCCUUGGUGGAUCGGCUUUCUGAUGGGGAGGCAAAUAUUCCAAACUACAAAUGCGGAAGGCAGAAAAAUCUCCUGGCUGUCCUUGAAGGGACUGAUUCUGACCUCUCCCAACAUAUGGCAACCAUGCUGGACAUCUACAAAAUCCCACAGAUCUCUUAUGCAUUUGUCUCUGAUGGUAUGAAUGAUAAAAACCGUUUUCCUUUUUUCUACCGGAUGCUUCCAAAAGAAAGAAUCCAAUACACAGGGAUCGUUAAAGUGAUCCAGUAUUUCGGAUGGACAUCAGUGGCUCUUGUCGCUUCCCAAACUGAUAACGGAGAAAUGUUCAUGAAAAAUUUCACUCCUUUACUCAUACAGAAUGCAGAUUAUUGCACCAAAUGUCCAGAAGAUCAACAUCCAAAUAAGGAGCGAGAUAAAUGUCUCCCUAAGGAAAUAACUUAUCUGGCCUUCAGUGACAAUCUGGGGACUAUCUUAACUUCUCUUGCAUCCUCUUUGACCUUAAUUACUACCCUAGUCUUAGCAAUCUUUAUUAAAUGUAGAGAAACUCCCAUUGUCAAAGCCAACAACCGGGACCUCUCUUACAUUCUCCUUGCCGCUCUCCUGCUUUCCUUCCUCUCCGCAUUUCUCUUCAUUGGACGACCAAAGAGAGCCACCUGCCUUCUCCGACAAGCUACCUUCAGCAUCAUCUUCUCAGUGGCCGUCUCUUCUGUCUUGGCCAAAACAAUCACAGUUGUGCUGGCUUUUCUGGCCACAAAGCCAGGAAACAGAGUGAGAAAAUGGCUUGGAAAGAGUUUGACCAACUCCAUCGUCCUUUCUUCUUCUGGUGUCCAGGUGGUCAUCUGCAGCAUCUGGCUGGUGGUCUCUCCCCCAUUUCCUGAUUCUGACAUGCAGUCUCAACCAGGAAAGAUUGUGCUUCAGUGUAAUGAAGGGUCUCUUACCAUGUUUUAUGUUGCUCUUGGUUACAUGGGAUUCCUGGCAGCCAUUUGUUUUAUAGUGGCGUUCCUGGCCAGAAAUCUGCCUGGGGCCUUCAACGAAGCCAAGCUGAUCACCUUCAGCAUGCUGGUCUUCUGCAGUGUCUGGGUCUCCUUUGUGCCAGCCUACCUGAGCACCAAAGGGAAGUACAUGGUGGCUGUGCAGAUCUUCUCCAUCUUGGCCUCCAGUGCUGGCCUGCUGGGCUGCAUCUUCAUGCCCAAAUGCUACAUUAUUUUGAUAAGACCAGAUCUGAAUGCAAAGGAGCAGCUAAUUGUGAAAACCUAAGUCACAAUUUUUCAUGAAUUCUAUGUUC